UUCUCCUUUGGUUUGAACGUGCUCGUGGAAUUGAUUGUCGGGUAUGCCAUUCCGGGUAACGGUGUGGCGUUGAUGACCUUGAAGGCUAUUGGUUACAAUAUUGAUGGUCAGGCUGAGAAUUAUAUUACGAACCAGAAGAUGGCCCACUACUCCAAAGUUCCACCUAUGGCUCUCUUUAGGGGUCAGAUGUUGGCAACCGUUGUUCAGUGUUUUGUCUCGUUGGGUGUUAUGAACUGGGUUCUUUCAAAUGUCGAUGGUCUUUGUACCCCUCACCAAGCUCAAAAGUUCUCUUGUCCUAAUGAUAGAUCAUUUUUCUCCGCUUCAAUUAUUUGGGGUGUGAUCGGACCAAAGCGAGUCUUCAACGGGUUGUAUCCAAUCCUCAAGUGGUGUUUCUUAAUCGGAGCAUUGUUGCCAAUCCCGUGUUACGCCUUUAGGCGGUACGGUCCAAAAUCUGUUACUAGAGUUUUCCAGCCAACCUUGAUUAUCGGUGGCAUGUUGAACUUCGCUCCUUAUAACUUGUCCUAUUACACCGGGGGUUUGUACCUUUCCUACGCCUUUAUGUACCACAUUAAGAGACGGUACAGUGACUGGUGGGAGAAGUACAACUAUGUGUUAACUUCUGGCUUGAGUGCGGGUGUCGCGUUUUCUUCAAUUAUCAUCUUUUUUGCGGUUCAGUAUCACGCUAAGAAUGUUGACUGGUGGGGUAACAACGUGCCAUAUGCAGGAGUUGAUGGUGGGAACGGGCAACAGUCGCGUCUUAAUGCCAGCGCUUUACCAAAUGGUUACUUUGGGCUUGCGCCAGGCUCCUAUCCUUAG